CGGAGGUAAUAAUUUCAAUGACAACAAGGAGUUGCCAAUGUAAACAUAUUCACGUGCACAGUUCAAUUUGAAGUCUGAAACAGUAGAAUGGCAGGGGCAGAGCCGUUUGUUGAUGCCAAAUUAGCACAAAGAAAGGUGCUACUGUUUUCAAAGACAUACUGCCCCGAUUCUAAGACGGUGAAAGCGGUUUUAGAAGGAUACAAAAUGCCACCUCAAACAUACGAAGUUGUGGAGAUUGAAAAACGUCAAGACUGCAACCAGAUAGAAAACUACUUCCAGAUACUAUGUCUGACUGACAGCAGAGCGGUCCCCCAACUAUUUGUGAAUGGAAAAUAUGUUGGUGGCUUCAAAGAAAUCACACGCUUUCAUGAAUCUGGGAGGUUGAAAAAUCUACUGAAGGAGGCUGGUGCGGUGUGAUGUGUAACAACAAUACAUCAUAACUAAGCCAAAAUGACUUCCACAGGCAAAUAAUUUCCUUCAUAUCUGCAUUUGAAAAAGGAUCUUGUACAUAUUAAAUCAUUUUAGUAGCAUUGUUUCACAUGUAAUAAAUAUUACCGAAACCUU